AUGAGAAAUGUAUUAAGGGCGUUGUUUAAUGAAGAGCCACAUUACUUAACAGAAUUUGUGGGGCAAAUUCAAAUGCAGCAAAUUGUUAGUUGGUUUCAUGAAAUAUCCAUGUAUUUUAGUGCAACGGAGAUUAUAAUCAGCAACUACAAAAUUAAAUUAAUGAAAAGGACUGAUUAUUUUAGUGUUGAUAUUUUCUUCUCUUAUAUGGCAACAUUUAAGGAGUUAAACCGAAUUUUGAUCUUAAAAAAAGCAUUGUUCUUUCAUUAUAACAUAAGUGGGUUGUUAAACGGAAAAAUUAGCUAA